AUGAAAAUUAAUUCUGCACAUAAGAAUUUGAUCCAUUAUGGAGCUGAAUUGAUGACAUUAUAUGACUCAAAAUACACUGAAAAUGAAGGCGAAACCGUACCUUCAACACCAAGUUUUUUUGUUAAUUUGGAGAAUUUUGAAAGCAGUUUAGAGUUUGAAUCAAAUCACUUAAAUUUGAGUCCUUGGUUGAUUGGAAAAAUAGGAGUCUUACAAAAAAGGAUAGAUGAUAUUCAACAUUCCAACCAUUCUAGAAGAUUUUCUGAUGAUCGAUUGUCUCAAAGUCAGUUAUUUAAUUUGACCAACGAAAUAUUUGGAUUUAACGGUUGGUCAACUUCCAUAGAAGAAAGUAUCGUCAUCGAAAAGCCAACAAAAAUUGAGAAAGUUUGGGGUGAUAAGGAAGAGAAUGACAAUGAUAUCACAUUAAACGCGUCCGAGGUAAAUCCUGAUGAAAAAAUUCACGAAUCUGGUGUUAACCAUGCAAUCGAAGUUGAACGUGAUGAAUCAAACGAGGCUGGCGGUAAUGAGGAAAAAAGUAAUGGAACCGGUAAUAUUGAAGUAAUUAAGCAUUCUUAUUCAGCAGAAUCUAUAUGCAUAAUAAAACUUUAUUUGAAAGAUGGAACUGUUAGAAAAGGAUUUGGGAAGGGUCAAGCUAUAAAUUUACCAAAUAGAAAUUCAUGUUUUGCUAAAUGUAAGAAAGAAGCUGUUACUAAUGCCAUAAAGAAUGCAAUACUAAGUUUAAGAGAUCUUUAUUUCGAAUAUGAAACUGCUCAACUAAAUGUUGAGGAUUUAGGUUUUUGA